AUGGUUUUGAGGGAGUUUCUAGGUUUGUGAAAGGGGGUAUAUUAAGUCGCUCUGUCUCUUCUCUGCGUUCUUUUGUCUAUCCAUCCAUCCAGAUGCGGCCAAACUUAGGAUAUAUCUACUCCUUAACAUAAUUCGGGAUUUUAAAUCUGUCCUCUCCAAUUUGAUAAAGACGACUCACUCAAAUAAUACAGUCAGGGGAAACUGUCGAUAUGUUUUUCCAACCCCUCACCUCGAUCCUUGCGUCACAACAGUAGCAACAUCCCACUUCACGUUGUCCUACCCAGCAGCGAGAGGCGAUCCCUUCGCAAAAGGAGCAUCCGAACUGAUCUAUCCAUGUCCGUUCACCCCCUUUCACCUCUCAACAUCCUCAAAUUUCCCACUCCAACCACACCUCCUCCAAAUCUUUAAUCCCAUACAUAUACUACUCAUACCCAGGCGCAAACAUCAGCCAAACCCCCUCCACACCCCGCACCCUCUGGCCCUUAAACGGCGGCGCCAUAUCCGUCGACUUGCACCACCCCUGGACAUACCUAUCCAUCAACCUCGGACUCGGGGGCUCCAACCCCGAUUUCAACAUCUCGCUUACGCCCGAAUUGCUAUAUGUCACGGGAAAUGGAACAUAUUGUUUGCCUUUGGUGAAGCUACCGCUCAAUCUGGUGGUUGUUGAUGGACAGGAGGCGAGUGUGCAGGUUUUUACGAGUGAUGACAGUGGACAGGCUUUGUAUAAUGUGAGUAUAUACAACCCUUUCUUUUUUAGGGGAGGGAAGAAAUGGGGCUGUGGAAAUGUGAAGGGCUAAUGGUGGAUUAGUGUGCGGAUAUUACGUUUGCCAGAGAUGCGAUGGCACCUGCGCCGGAGGUUUGUGUGAACGGGACGGGGGUUACGGGGGUUAUUCUUAGGCAGUGUUUACAAUUUAGUGCGGGUUGCUCGGAGGAGUUUUAG